GCUAUUGUUGAAUACGAUUAUGUGGCCAAAGAACCCGAUGAGCUGGACUUAGUCAAAGGUGCUCUUGUACAUAACAUUAAACAGAUGCCGGGUGGCUGGUGGGAAGGCACGCUACAAUCUACAGGGGAAACCGGCAUGUUUCCUGAUAAUUUUGUGCGAGUUAUUGAUAACAGCGACGAAAAUAUAGUCACAAUGAGGGACAAAGCAGCAACAGCCAAUCGGCGCUGUAAAGUCAUCUUCAGCUACACACAAGUGAAUGACGACGAACUGUCGCUGGCCGUGGGUGAUGUCAUUGAAUUCCUUGGGGAGGUCGAGGAAGGCUGGUGGCGUGGACGUUUAAAAAACAAAAUCGGCGUAUUUCCAUCGAAUUUCGUUACUGUCAUCGAGCCAUCACCUAUUUUGGCCAGUAAACGACCAGCAGCCGGUCCUGCUGCCACAUCAACCGUAAAAGCAGCUGCGACAGUCGCAGCGUCAAGCGCAGCUGCAUCAGCGCUUGAGAAGUCGAGCGUUGGCGCCAGUAGCUCUACAUCAUCGACUAGCACAAACACCGUAACCGCCAGUUCAACAUCAACGAAGAAAAUGAAUCGUAUUAGUUUUCACAGUUCCAAAGAGGAUCUGUUGAAUAGCAGUAACAUCAGCAGCAGCAGUGGCAGCAAUUUCGUUGCGGCAACAAGCACAAACAACACGUCUGUGGAUGAUGUUGCACCAUCGUUGCCACCGAAACCGCAACGGGAAUACUGUCGCGUCGAAUAUCCGUAUACACCACAAAACGACGAUGAGCUGGAAUUGAAAGUGGGGGAAAUCAUCACGAUCAUCAGCAUGGAAUUGCCGGAUAAGGGCUGGUGGAAGGGCGAACUACACGGCAAAGUUGGUGUAUUUCCAGACAACUUUGUCAAACUGUUAGACGUCACAUCACUGAGCGAUUCACAACCUUCCCAACGAACUGCGAAAGCAUCCAAUGCUACUGCCGCCGCUCCCACAAGCACCAUCACCGCCGCCGCUGCCAAUACAGCACACGUAAGAUCAGCCGCCGCAUCAGCAGCCACAUCGGCGGCACACACCGCAGCAGCUACAUCCAAGGUGUUCAUCAAGAAGUCCGGCAGUAAUUCGUCGACGCAAAGCUCCAAUCGUAAGGACAGUUUCGGCUCAUAUGAUUCACUCAACGAUAUACUCUCUGAAACAGGCUUGCAGAGCGGCAAUGUUGCUGCACAACGCAAAUCGCUGGAGAAUAAAAAUCUAGAUUUGUCAGCGAAUGCGGCGGACGCAAGCAGCCGCCUGGCAUUGAAGAAGCAACAGUUACAGCAACAACAACAGCAUUUGCAAGAGACGAAGACGGUGUUGACAAAUAACGGUAGUGUUACAACGACGACCACAACAACCAGCAGCAUGUCAGCGAGCUCAGCCGCAGUUGCAAAUGAAUUGCGCAAGAGCUUGGAAAGUUUGGAUGAGAAGACGAAGACACCGCCGCCAGUGCUGACGAAGAAGCCCACCGUAACGACGAAGAAACCGUCGAGUGUUACGGGCGUUGCGAGCAACCUCUUCGGCUUCGGCAAGCAAAAAACGAAAAGCACCGACAGCAAACUCACCACCGCUGCUUCCCAAGAUUUUGCGGAUGGAAUGAGCAGCAGCAAGAUUUCAACGUCGGGAGAUCCAGUUGUUUUACGUCGGGCCGCCACUAUAGCAACUGAGGACUCCGAUUUCGAUCGGCUAGAACGCUCCUCCAUACUGACAGACAUGCGUGCAGGACGCGUUAAAGCGCCCAAGCGACGUCCACCUUCGGCGGCCAUUAAUAUAAUCGGUGAAAGCAACAAUAACGAUACAAUUUACCUCAAUGGUAGCAGCGGUGGCGGCGCUUCUGGUGGCGAGUUGUCACAAGAGGAAGGCAAACUACAAUCGUCCGACGAAAACUCGACCGGCGAGGAACAGUUGGCAAAACCGAGGCCACGCGAAUGGGAGAAGAAGAAGGCACCAUGGAUGGAAGAGCUGAAAGCAUCACAGGUAAAGAAGAAGACCUCGCCCAGCGUGGAGCCACGCACUCAAAGCACCAGCAGUGUGACCGAUCGGACAUCACGACUGCUUGGCGAUGAUGUCAAAGUUACUAGCAGCAAUCACAGUAGCAGUCAUAGCAGUAGUAGCGCCACGAGUAGCUCGACCAGCACCACCACAAAAGUACAGUCCUCGUCAGUUUCGUCGAGCUUAAUGCAACAAUCGAUGACUGUUGAGAGCAGCCAGCAGGUGCUGAAGCGAGAACUAAAUUCCAACACUAUUGCUGACAUCAUGACCAAAAGUAUGAGCAAUAAAUUCACCACUGACUCAUCGACGCUUUCACUGACGACGACGGCGCCGCAUGCCACCUCAGCCACCAACGCCACCACUGCCGGCGAUGAUGUACGCGCGCGACCCAACAGCCUAUCGAUACGUAAUCGCAGUAUGUCACCUUCAUUGGCGGAAAGUAGCGGCAGUGGCAGUGUGCGCACAGCAGCAAUGAAGAGUACCGCUUCACCAGCAACGACAGCCACCAACGAGCCGCCGAGCUCCAAUGGCGCGGUGAGCUCAUCCGCACCAGUUGCCAAUGUGGCAGCGGCGGCGUCCAGUCAAAAUUCAAUAGGUGCUAAUAACCAUUAUCAACAGCGGACCAGCAACCCAGCUGCAGCGCCUAUAGCCAGCGAUAAUGCGCGCAUUGGUGAAUUAGAGCGGCGUGUUGGAAAACUAGAGCAAACUGUGGGCGCACAACAACGCACCAUCGACGAACUGUUGCGAUUGCUGCGCGAGGAGACCGAUCGUGUGAAGGUGCUGCGCGGGGAAUUGGACAAAUAUGCGCAGUGCGUGACGCAAGUUUAAUUGCUUACCAGUAGUUGUUCUGCUUGUUGAUGUUAGGAAUGUGUAGUGGAGUGCGUUGAGUACAUACUAUGUAGUAGUGUGUGAUUGGUAGUGGAUGCGCCCAGUCCCUUAGAGCCCUGACUUGUAAUGCGCUUGUAGAGUUAAAGUGAAGAGAGAGAGCCCGGGUUUCUUACAUUCUUGCAAAUUUUACUGCAUUCCAAUUUAUUUUAUACGUAUGUAUGUUUUGAUUUUCCUUCUUAAAUUAUGUGAUUAAUUUAAUAUGCGGGCAUUUUAAAAAAGUCCCACAUGUAGAAUAUAUGAAAGUUUAUGCGUAAAUGGAGCCCAAUAAUGAAAGUAGUGGUGCAAGUAUUAACCUACAACAUAAAUGCUUACGUGUGUCAUUUAUUUUUUCCAAAACUUAAAUACGUUUUUUGCAUGCUUUGCCUAUUGCGCCUACGAUUGGAUCGUAUGUAUAGCGGUUGAGCGGUACUUUUUGGUUGAAAUUCUCAAACCGAUUGCUGAUAUAAAACUGCGUUAUGAGCGCGUUUGUAACGAUGUUAAAUAUA